AAUGAUUAUAAUGCUAAAUAAAAAGGUCUUUACCUACUCAGAAUCUAUGUAGUAUGAUUCUUUUUUGAGGAUAAGUUUACAAAUUCUGUAAGAUUAAAAACCAGACAGUUCGCACGAGAAGCCUCUUCAAGUAUAAGACAAAUAAUUAGGGGUUAGGGAAAGAGAGGGAUAAUAUUAAUAGAUUAGAUUUGGGGAUGAUAAAGUUGGGAAAGUAUUUUUAGAAAUGUUGAGGUUUUGGAUCAAAUAAUAAGAAAAUGAGUAAAUACUUAGAAGGGAAUUCUGGAGUCAGAAAUUCUUGAAAAAUAUUAGAGAUAGGAGAGGUCUUUUCAAUAAUUGA